AUGGCUUCUGAAUUAUACUAUUUUAAUACCGUUACAAAGGAGAAGAUCAGAAAGUUUCGUAUAUCGACCUCAAGAUCUGAAACUCUUCAAGUUCUCCCCAUUAAGAUUCAACCAAAGGAUUAUGAAAUAACGAUAGAUGAAGAAGAAUUGGAAGAAUUAGAAGAUGUCAAAGAAUUGUCAGAACUAGCAGAAAUACUACCUGAUAAUUCUCCUCGUUACCUUUUAACGGCCUAUCCACUGACAACAAGAGAAAACAUUAAACAAGUGCCACUUGUCUUAAUCUAUUGGAAACCCGCUACUGUGGUAUCUCAAGAGUGGAAAAUGCUUUACGCAGGUGCAUUGGAGCAAGUAAGAUCAGAGUGUGGUACUUAUAAAUUAGUCGAGGUAUCAUCAGGAUUGGAAGAUGAUGCUGAUGUGGAAGAAUUGAAGGAACAGCUCGAGAAAUAG